GGGAUGAACCCAUCUCAAGUAAGGAAUCUACAUUUUAUUGCCUUCAAAAAAAUUCAUCAUCAAUCUUCUUAUCUAUCUCACCUUAGCUUACACUCAUUCUUUCUCAUCCCACCUCACUUUCAAAUUUCUCAACAACAAUACUCAUGUCAAACUUCUGCUUCAGUUCUCAUAGCAUUACUUUGUGAAGUACCUGAUACUACAUUCUUUUCUAACAAUGUGCUAGAGUGUUGCAGUUAGAACUGAAUGUUAUAGUUGAAAAGGGUGAUCCAAUGCACGAGCCUCCACCACUGUGCCUAGUGUUCUAAGAAACUCAUCAAGAAGAAACAUUUAUUUCUGAAGCAAUUGAACAUAUCUAAUGAGUUUCUUAUCCUGGCCUUCUAGCCACUCAUGGCAACCCACCAUGAGUAGAGACACCACUGCCUUAAGUUACUGGUUGAAUUGGAGGUUCUUACUUUGUGCUCUAUGGAUUUUAGGAUCCAUGGCUCUAGCAUUUUUCUUGAUAUUCAAGUAUGAAGGAUUCAACAAAUCAAGAUCAAACAGUGGAGAAGAAAGUGAAGGAGAAGAAGCUGGAUUGUUACAUGAAGAUGAGGCAUGGAACACUUGUCUCAUAGGAAUUGAUCCUUCAUGGCUGCUAAUUUAUAGAGUAAUUUGCUUUAUUGUGCUUUUGGCUUUGAUCAUUGCCAGUGUUGCUUCUGAUGGAGCAGGCAUAUUUUACUUCUACACUCAAUGGACCUUUACAUUGGUCACUAUUUACUUUGGGCUUGGAUCAUAUUUCUCCUUAUAUGGAUGUUCCCUGAAACAAGAAAAAAUCAGAGUGAAUGGUCCUUCUUUAGAUGCAGAAGUUGGCAUUGGUACUCAUGAUAGAAAGAUUGCUUCUUUAUGGGGUUACGUUUUUCAAAUUAUAUUUCAGACUUGUGCAGGUGCUGUAGUGUUAACUGAUUCAGUGUUCUGGUUCAUCCUUUAUCCUCGUUUGUCCUCCUACAAAGAUUAUAGUGUUGAUUUUUUGGUUUUUUGUAUGCACUCAAUUAAUGCGCUUUUCCUCCUCGGUGACACAUCAUUGAAUUGCAUGAGAUUUCCAAUGUUUCGAUUUGCAUAUUUUGUGUUGUGGACGGCUAGUUUUGUGAUUUUUCAGUGGAUCAUCCAUGUUUGCGUCACACUUUGGUGGCCCUAUCCCUUCCUUGAUCUAUCAUCUUCGUAUGCACCCUUAUUGUACUUGGCUGUGGCUUUGAUGCACUUUCCAUGCUAUGGGGUAUUUGUUUUAAUAAUAAGGAUGAAGCACUUUUGGUUAUCAAGAUCAUUUCCUGCCUCUUCCCGUUUUGUUAGGUGACAACACUCUCCAAAAUGUUCAACUUACCAUUUUCCCAACAAAAAGUGAUUUUGAAGAUUAGAAUUAGAUUAUUUUCCGGCUGCUAUGUAAAUUCAUCCCUACCACUCUAACCCCUACAAAUAUUACGCGCAUGUUGGAUUUUACUUAUGUAACGUGUUUCACAACUAGAAGCAGCUUUUUAUAGCUUCUACAUCUUUUUUUUUUUAUAUUAGUUUUUUAACACAUUAUCUGAAAUGUUGCUUUAAACAU